CUCACAGAGAGCGAGAGAGCGAGAGAGAGAGUUCUUACAACACCAGUAGGCACUCCUUCCUACUUUAUCUCCAGCCCCAUUCCUCCUCAACGCAAGGCAAAUAAAGCAGGGCAAGACCUCAGUGGCCAAUAUGAAUGGGACUGUCCAUGCAGGAAUCAGCCCCAACACCAGCAACUCAUGGCAGGUGGAGGCAGUUAGGGGCGUCCAAAUGGCAGCUACUCUGAUUAUCUUCCUGAUUGGCGUUCCUCUGAAUGGGCUGGUGGUUUGGACACUUGGACUGCGGCAUAAUCGUCACCUGGCACGCAGAGGCAGCUGUGAGGAGACGCGUGCUGCCAGCAGUUUCAGGAUUUAUGUCCUGAACCUAGCCCUGGCUGACCUGGUGCUGCUCCUGCGCACCCCCAUAAUGUUGGGCUACGUGGCUCACAACUACAGCUGGCCGUUCGGCCUCGUCUUCUGCAGGCUGGUCAUGUUCCUGCGAGGCCUGGGCUUGUACGCCUCUGCCUUCCUCCUCUGUGCUGUGGCCCUGGAGCGAUGCCUGUGUCUGCUGAAGCCGGUGUGGGCUCGCCUGCGGCGCCCCUCAUGGGCUGUUCCUCUGGCCUGUGGCCUCAUAUGGCUGUUAGCCACCAUCUUCUCUGCCCCCUACCUCCACACUGCUGUGCUGAUCGACGUUAACGGGACACUCCAUUGCAGGGAGAGCGGGAACUUUAACAUGUGGCUCUUUGUCACAGAAACAAUAGCAGGUUUCAUCUUGCCCCAGCUGGUGUUCCUGGGAAGCAACCUGGCUGUUGUGCUCACCAUUCAGCAAGCAGUGCCCUCGACACCGACAUCCUCCAGCCCUUCCAAUGCCCGCAGGAUGACCAGAAUGUACCACGUGCUCUUUGCCACCAUGCUCCUCUUCCUCACCUGCUGGGUGCCAUAUUUUAUUUGUCGGUUUCUGCGGGCCUUGGCCGUGGGGCGCCCUGAACGAUUGACACUGUAUAUCCGAGCAUCUUGGGGCGUAUACGUAUCUCUGUUCCUGGUGUACAUCAAGUCCGCUCUCAACCCGGUGCUGUACGUGUUCGCUGCCCGAGGCUUAAGUCGUGCCAUCAAAGCUUCAGUUGUCUCCACCCUAGAAAGACUUUUCAAUGAUGACUCUUCAGAGUCAUUUCGGAGGAAGUCACUUAAGAACUCUCUUAAAAACUCACAGAUGUAGCCAGGAGGUUAAAAAUGCAUUAAUGUUGUAGUUUUUAUAUUAAAACCAGACAUUUCUUUG